AUGACUCAUCCCGGGAGCUGCGUCCCACCGGCGCGACGUCCCCUUCGGACGCCAAUCAGCGACAGGCGUGGUGACGUCACCAUUCUGCGCUGUCGGGGCUGGACAUCUGAGUGAACGCCCAUGGUCACAGAUGAAGAAGCCGCUGUAGGCCCUUCCCACCGGCGCCAGGGCACCAUGAGAGACGUCCUGUGCAUGCUCCUCUCUGCAGCGGCAGCACUGUUCUCAGUCUUCUACUUCAUUCAAGAAAACCCUUUUGACACUACAAGCUUCCUGUCCUUGGAGGAAAAGGAGCUGGUAGCUUGGCAGAAAGCGCGGAUGCGGGUUAACCCUGGUAGGACACGCCACCUGCAAACUUUCAAAGUUAUGCAGAAAAACUCAGAACGACUCAAAAACGUGAACUCCUAUAUCUUGAUCGGAGACCCUCCAAGGAAAAAAAAACUGCUGACCAUAGGGAUUUCCUCAGGGCGGCAUCCUGAAGGGAGCAACCUCGUGGACACCCUGCAGUCUCUCUUCUCUGCUUCCUCCUCAUCCGAGCGGAAACACUUCACGGUUCUGGUACACCUAGCAGACUCUGACCCCAAAUGGCUUGUUCAGAUGAUGUACAACCUCUCCACCAUGUUUCAAGCACACAUCCAGGCCAGAGAGCUGGUGGUGAUCACUACUCCUCUCACCAGCUACCUCCCUUUGAAGGAUCUUAAAAUGACCUUUGAGGACCUUCCUGGCCACGCAGCCGUCCGCUCCAAGCAAAACAUGGACUAUGCCUUCCUCAUGAACUUUGCCACCCAGCACUCCGACUACUUCCUGAUGGUCGAAGACGAUGUGAAAUGUGCCCCUGGAUUUGUCACCCACAUAGCUACUGCAGUAUCGGCCUGGGCAAACAGACCCUGGCUGACUCUGGAGUUCUCCCCGCUGGGCCUCACCGGGAAGCUCUUUCGAACAGGAGACUUGCCCCGCUUGGUUCACUUCCUUCUCCUCUUCUACCAAGAACUGCCCUGGCACUGCCUCCUCGCCCAUUUCCAGGACCUCACACGGCACACACCAGUUGAGUUCCUGCCCUCACUCUUCCAGCACGUGGGCAACUCGUUCUCCUUUAAGGAAGAGGACGCUGGCUCUCCCAGCAACCCUGCCGCCUCCAUCCACACCAGCCUGAAGGCUGCCAACGACUCGGUCCCCUCACAUGCCUACAGCCUGAAUGAGACUUUCUUUUACACCCAGGCGGCUGAGCCUGGCAGCCAUCUGACCGUGGUUUUGGAUGUACCUGCCCACGUGUCCCGAGUUCAGGUGCUGACUGGCUCUGACCUGAGAGGCUGGAACCAGCUGGAAGAGGGACAAGUAGAACUGGGCUGUGACGCUACAAACAGGGAUCCAACUCCCGCUCACUUCCUGCCAAGUGCCAGGCCCAGCGCCAUGACGCUAUGGAAAUACUCCCUCCUGGCUGUGUCCUUCAUCUCCCUGAGCUUCUUCCUCCGGGACACCACGAACAAGCACCUUGAGUACAGCGUGUCAUUGCAGGAGGAAAAGAAGAAAAUACUGCAGCAGCUGGACCGAGAGCAAAUCAGCUCUGAAAGCAAGAAGCGCUUGGAGACCUUCAAGGAGAUGCAGAGACCCUCCCAGGUGCGCCAGCUCACCAGCUACAAAGUCCUGGCGGGAGCCCUUCCCCAGGAGAAGAAACUACUGACGGUGGGGAUCUCCUCGGCGCAGCAUCCUCAGGGGAGCGCCCUCUUGCACACCCUGCAGUCCCUGUUCCAAGCCUCCUCGGAGCCCGAGCUGGACUGUAUUGUGGUGCUGGUCCACCUGUCAGACCCCGACCCUGCAUGGCUCCACCAAAUGGUCGCCAACAUAUCAGGCCUCUUCCGAGCUCGUGUUGAGGCCCAGCAGCUGCUUGUGAUCCACGGUCACCUCAGUGGCUCUCUUGUCCCAGGGGAUCUGGGCCACAUCAACGACCCCUCACCCUGUGAAGCCGUCUAUUCCAGGCAGAAAGCCGACUACGCCCUCCUCAUGACCUUUGCCGUCAGCCUCUCCGAAUACUUCCUGAUGGUAGAAGAUCACGUGGACUGCGCCCCCAAGUUCGUUUCCACCGUCUACUGGGCGCUGGCAGGCUGGGAAGAACGACCCUGGGUGACCCUGGAGUUCUCUAGCCUGAGCUUCUCCGGGAGAGUAUUCCACAGCCGCGACCUCCCCCGCCUGACCACCUUCCUCCUCCUCUUCCCCACGGACACGCCCACCCACUCGCUCCUCUCUGAAUUCCGCCUCCUCCUGGCCCAGCGUGUUCCCAUUCGUUUCAGCCCCUCGGUCUUCUAUCCCGCGGGCAAUUAUUCUGCGUCCGAGGACGCCUGCUUUCCCGUGGAGAAGGAAGUGGCCUUUGGUGAGCCAGACAACCCCCUGGCCAAGGUCCUCACGGACAUGAGCCCCGUGCGGGACGUGCUUCCCCAGUACGCGUAUGUCCUGAACGAGGAGGGCUUCGUCACCCUCGAAGCCUUAAGGGGCAACUACCUGGUGGUGAUUAUGGAAAAGCCGCAGAAAGUCAUCCGCAUCGAGGUGCUGACAGGUGUGGACCAGGAAGGGCAGUACCGGCUGCAGCAGGGCCAGGUAGAACUGGGCUACAGCCCCCUGGCGCAUUCCGCAGGCUGCGCGCGCUACACCCUGCUGGGACCGCUGGUGCAGGGGAACCUGGACCAGCGGGUGUUUUACGAGGAAGGCACCGUGGAGAAGCUGAGCUGCAUACGGCUGCUGGUGCUAGCCUCUCAGGACUCCUGGCUCUUCAUCAGGCAGAUCAGGGUCUGGACUCAGCCCGAGGAAGAGGAGAGCUGGAGGCACCCAGGGGAUUCUGCAGGCAUUGUUGGUCUCGGGAACCCAGCCUACAUGGCUGGCAGGAAAUAAAGCUAGAAC